AACUUCUAUGUCUAUGGUUAAUAUCUGUCAUUCUUUUCCAAUACACGACAACCGAAUUAAUUACUGAAGUAUACAAUGCACUACAAAAUAAACAGCGAUAACGUCAAUGUUUAAUAUAUGAACACAAUCGAAAACCAAUACCAGGAUAUCGUCUGUGAGAAGGAGUUAACUACAACCACUGGUUUUGUUGGAGUUUGUCUUGUCUGAUAUUUUGGUAAAAUUAAAUGGUAUAGAGUAAACAAAUUUGGCUGUUAUUUAAAAUGCAGAGUAUGGUAUGCCCAGAAAAAACAAUUCCUAAAUGUACGAAAGUAAUCUUGUGUGAUAUUGCGGGAACGACAACUUCAAUUGAGUUCAUAAAAGAUGUACUGUUUAAAUUUGCAUCUGAUAACAUACAAUCGUUUUUGGAAUUAAAUUGGAAUAAAGAAGAAGUUCAGCAUGCACUUAAACUUCUUUCUAAUAAAAGUACCAAAUUAGAAGAAGCAGUCGAGAUGGUCAAAGAAAAAACCAAUAAAAAUGAAAUGAAUGAAGGAUUAAAAGUUUUACAAGGUCUUCUUUAUCAGAAAGGUUAUGAGAAAGAUAUAAGAGCACAUGUAUUUCCUGACGUUUUUCCAUGUUUCCAAAUUUGGUCUAAAAAAUUUAAAAUUGCAAUUUAUUCAACUGGUAGUGUUGAAUCUCAAAAACUUCUUUUUGCCAAUACAAUUGAGGGUAAUUUGAGUGAAUUUAUUGAUAGUUAUUUUGAUUUAUUAGUUGGAUCAAAAACUGAUAGUUGCAGUUACUCUCAUAUUGCAAAAAAUCUAAAUGUACAACCUCAAAACAUACUAUUUUUAACAGACUCCAUAGCAGAGGUGAAAGCUGCUGAAAAAGCAGGAUGCCAAAGUUUCCUUGUAGUAAGAUCUGCUAGUCAAUCUAAAGUAACUGACUCUUCACUAAAUAUCAUAUCCUCUUUUGAUGAACUUAAAAUUGAAUAGAUUAAAUUAUAAAGUUCUUGAUGCUUAAUAAAUUAAAUUAAUUUUUGCA